UAAAGUAUAAACAAAGAUACGAGUCCACUCUACAAAAAAAAAACACACAGCUCAUGUGUUUGCAAUGAAAACAGCUCUGUAACGCCCUCUUUCUCAUGGUAUCGUUGCCUACAAUAAUAUCGGCAAACUUUCCUUCCCUUAAACACUCACCCCUUCUCCACAAUGCUCAAAAUCCUCAACAAAAGGCUCAGGCGCCUUUAUUCUCGUUUCCGGAGGCGUAUUGGCAGUGGUUCCAGGCGCAAGGUUGUCAUAAAGAAAUUUGGAAAAUCAAACUCCAAAUUACAAAAUAACAUCAAAGUUGAGCCCACCAUUAAUGGGUCUGCUGCUGUCCAUCCAAAUGGUCAAUUGGGCGAGGAGAAGCCAAUCAAGUUAGCAACUUUUAAUGCUGCCCUGUUUUCAAUGGCACCUGCUGUGCCUAAAACAGAGAAUCCUUCGAGUGUUGACUAUGAAGGUGAAGAGUUUGCAGACACUAGAAGGCCUAUAAAUAGUAACAAGCUACGCGCAAAGUCUGCAAAUGAUCGGCCGAAGAGUAUUCUGAAGCAGUCUCCCCUGCAUCCAAACUCCAUCGAUGGUAAUGAGAAUCUCUCUAGGCAACAAAAGUUUGCUAAAUCAAAGUUAAGGGUAUCGAUCAAUUUGCCUGAUAAUGAGAUUUCAUUAUUGAGAAAUAGGCAAUUGAGCUUCAGAGAAGACGAAAAGGAGGGUGCUUCAAGUGUUAAUAUAAGUAGAAUUCUGAGGGGAAAGGCUCCUAUGAGGCCACAAAGCGUGAGUUUGGCAAGAAAUACGGGAAAUGGUGGGAUCGAUGGAGAGGGUUAUAGGAGUACAAGGACAGUGCUUCAAGUGCUGAAAGAGCUGGAUGCAGAUAUUUUGGCUUUGCAAGAUGUGAAAGCAGAGGAGGAGAAAGCAAUGAAGCCUCUUUCUGAUUUGGCUGCUGCUUUGGGGAUGGAUUAUGUUUUUGCUGAGAGCUGGGCUCCUGAGUAUGGAAAUGCUAUCCUCUCAAAGUGGCCGAUCAAGAGAUGGAAAGUGCAAAAGAUCUUUGAUGAUACUGAUUUCAGGAAUGUUCUUAAGGCCACAAUUGACGUGCCACAGGCAGGAGAGGUCAACUUCCACUGCACCCACCUUGACCAUCUCGAUGAGAACUGGCGGAUGAAGCAAAUAGAUGCCAUAAUACAAUCAAGUGAUGCUCCUCAUAUCUUAGCUGGAGGUCUUAAUUCCCUCGACGAGACAGAUUACUCUGAAGAGAGGUGGACAGACAUCGUAAAGUACUAUGAGGAGAUGGGAAAGCCAACACCAAAAGUUGAAGUAAUGAGUUUCAUGAAGAGUAAACAUUACAGUGAUGCUAAGGACUAUGCAGGAGAAUGUGAAGCAGUAGUCAUUUUAGCUAAAGGCCAAAAUGUGCAAGGGACUUGUAAGUAUGGGACUCGAGUAGAUUACAUACUGGCAUCUCCAAAUUCCCCCUACAAGUUUGUUCCAGGGUCAUACUCGGUGUUUUCUUCUAAAGGGACUUCUGAUCAUCAUAUUGUGAAAGUUGAUAUCGUAAAAGCAAGAUGCAGCAGUCAAGAAAAAGUCGCUAGAAAGAAACGGCAACCUAAACAGAAAGUUGUAAAGAUAACCAACAGUUCUCCUACAAAAGGUAUAUGGAAAACACACACAUGAGAGAAGACAGAUUUUUUUACCUUUUCUUUUGUUGGUAUAUAAAUUAUUUCAGUCUUGGUUUGGUUUCCUGGUGUAAAAGAGGAGCUAGGGAUGGCGAUAUUAGACCCGCUUCCACCCAGCUCUCUCAUGCACUUUGUAAAUCUUGUAACUUGGGAUUAGCUAGGUUAAAAACUCAUGAGCGAGAUGGUAUUUGGUGUGCUACCUAUCUAAUUGCAUAGCUUGUAGUGGAAAAUUGAGCAUGCUGAAACUCCCAUAAGAAGGAAAUUAGACUAUUUUGGUUCUUCCCUUUUGACUGC